UUCCUGUUUGCCAGAUUAUUGUGCUCUCUCCAGCCAGUAUCUCGCUCCUUGCCUUCUCUGCUGUCAUCCAUAUUUUGCUACCACUCGUUAUUGACCCUUGGCUUGUUCUCAACUAUGCUUCUGCCUGAUCCCAACCUGCGACUGCUCAUUACCGACCUUUGGCUUGUUUACUGACUAUGCUUCUGUUUGAUCCUUACCUGCUUAUUAUGCUACUGGACCUUCGCAUGCUCACCUCCUGGUGGGUGAUCCUGAGGACCGAGUUCUGGUGAACCCCGGUUAGUACUUAGACUCCACACCUCAGGUGAGCCAGCUCCUACGCCACGGUGACCUACCUGUGUACCUAUUCUGCUGGGUUCGGUGUGAGCCUUUCCACUGCUAUAGCAACUGGUCUUCGAGCCUGACCCCUGAUCCUGAC